UCUGCUUUUAACGCACAAGUAUUUACGAGCACUUCAGCUAUCUGUAUUGAUGUUUAUGCCACUACACGCGGGAUUGGAGUGUAGCCACGUAGCUUUAUAGCAUAGGCGAGGGAGGGGCAUGUCGGGUGAUACCAAUGAUGUCAGCUCAACUGUCCUGGAAGUAGUCAGCGUUAUGGGUAAAGCGAUAUGCGCAGGCGCUGCACUGACGGGCGCUCUCUACCUGAUCCGCAGUGUCUGUUCAAUGAUGGCCUGGAAAUCAGGAGGAGCCAGCCAUGCCGAGCUCGUCAACAAUCUCCGCAAAAAUGGGAUUAUUAAAUCAGAAAAAGUAUAUGAAGUCAUGUUGGCUACAGACCGUGCACAUUAUGCAAAAUGUAAUCCCUAUAUGGAUUCUCCUCAGUCAAUAGGAUACCAAGCAACCAUCAGUGCUCCACACAUGCAUGCAUAUGCUUUGGAACUCCUCCAUGAUCAGCUAUACGAAGGGGCAAAGGCUCUCGAUGUUGGAUCUGGAAGCGGAAUUCUAUCAGCUUGCUUUUCAAGGAUGGUUGGUCCCAGGGGUAAAGUCAUAGGAAUUGAUCACAUUAAAGAAUUAGUAGAUGAUUCUAUAAACAAUGUCAAAAAGGAUGACCCCAGUUUAAUUUCAACAGGAAGACUAAAACUGAUCGUGGGAGAUGGUAGAAUGGGACAUACAGAAGAAGCACCCUAUGAUGCUAUUCAUGUAGGUGCUGCUGCACCAGUUGUGCCACAAGCUCUUCUUGACCAGCUGAAGCCUGGGGGUCGAUUGAUUCUUCCUGUAGGUCCAGCUGGUGGAAAUCAGAUGCUGGAACAAUAUGACAAGCUAGAAGAUGGCAGCAUCAAAAUGAAGGCUCUUAUGGGGGUGAUCUAUGUGCCUUUAACAGACAAAGAAAAGCAAUGGUCCAGGUGGAAGUGAAUUUCUACACAUCUUUCCCCUCCCCCUGCCAAGAGUGACACAAGAGAUGAACUGUGAAACACGAUCAGCCUGCCCUGGUCCUAUUUAACAAGAAAGGAUCGCUCCACUUGUAAACAAACACAAAAUAUCAUCAGAGCUUAUUUCAUCUUUCAUUUUUUCUUUUUUUUUUCUUUUUUUUUUAUUAACAUUUAAAAGGAAAAAAGGUUGAAACAGUUCAGCUUAUUGUGAACUCCUUAAAGUUAAGUAAUAAAAUUUGAAGUCUGUAUUUUACUUAAGAUGCCAGAACUAGAAGGUGAGGUUAUUUGUGGGCUUUUUGUGUAUUUUUUGUUAAUAAUUUUAAUGAGUGGAUUUUGUCAAAUUGUUAAUUAUAAUAAAUAUUAAAAAAAAAAAAGCAGAAACGUGGACUUCUUGGUCAACAUCAGCAGAUGGAGAGGCAAAAUGCUUUUAGUAUUCAUUCUUAACAGUCCUGGUGCAGUGUGUAAAGCCUUUUCUUUUUAACUUAAUGCGAGUUAAUUUAAAAGUAAUUAUACAACACUUCUCUGGUAUGCAUCUUUUAAGAUUUACAUAUUUGGGCAUGUAUUUUUUUUUAUGCUAGUUAAAUAUAUAUUUAUUUUUUCUGCAUUCAUCCAGCUUUGAAAUGUUUCCAAGAAGAGCAGAGUGCUGAUUUAAUUUAAUGUAAAACUGAUAUGUGUAUAGAGCACACAUAGCACAAGGCAGCAUAUAUGGUAUGUAUAAUUGUUGCUAUUUGUAAUAUCUUAUGUAGGGGUCGGACAUACUGAUGCAUUCUUUAUUUAUACACUGCAUCAACUGUUUCUCGCAGUUCCGUGCUUUCUAUCUGUAUUUAAUUGGCUGCAGAAUAUGAUGUACAUGAUUACAAUGUAACCUACGCAAACUGUGUGGUUAUCAGCAGUGUAACUAAGUGCUGCUUUGCCAAAUAAAUUUGAAAGCAAAGCAAAUGAA